CCUCUGCCCCCAUCUCUCCGGAGUUCGCAGGGACGCAGCAUCCCUCCUGACGUUGUACCGGGCUCCCGUCUCUGGGCCCUGUCCUCUCUGACGCCGGAAUCUGCAGCCUCAGGGGACUGUCAGACCCUUCCCCUUGGAGCCACUUGGAGAACAGCCAGGACUGGACCUCGGCCAGGUCAGGGGGCAUGGCAGUGCCCACUCUGUGGCCCUGGGGAGUGUAUCUACUUAUGAGCCUCCUGUCCUUAGGAUCUGGUCUGGACACGAUUGAGGUGUGCCCCAGCAUGGACAUCCGCUCCGAGGCGGCCGAGCUGAGGCGCCUGGAGAACUGCAGCGUGGUGGAGGGCCACCUGCAGAUCCUGCUCAUGUUCGCGGCCACUGGGGAAGACUUCCGGGGCCUCAGUUUCCCGCGCCUCACCCAGGUCACUGACUACCUGCUGCUGUACCGCGUCUACGGUCUGGACAGCCUGCGCAACCUCUUCCCCAACCUGGCCGUGAUCCGAGGCGCGCGCCUCUUCCUGGGCUAUGCGCUGGUCAUCUUUGAGAUGCCACACCUGAGGGACGUGGGGCUGCCAGCCCUGGGGGCGGUGCUGCGCGGGGCCGUGCGCGUGGAGAAGAACCAGGAGCUCUGCCACCUCUCCACCAUCGACUGGGGACUGCUGCAGCCGGCGCCCAAGGCCAACCACAUCGUGGGCAACAAGCUGGGGGAGGAGUGCGCUGACGUGUGCCCGGGCGUGCUGGGCGCUGCUGGCGAGCCCUGCGCCAAGACCACCUUCAUGGGACACACUGACUACAGGUGCUGGACUUCCAGCCACUGCCAGAGAGUGUGUCCCUGUCCCCGUGGGCUGGCCUGCACAGUGGGCGGUGAGUGCUGCCAUGCCGAGUGUCUGGGGGGCUGCAGCCGGCCCGAAGACCCCGGAGCCUGCGUAGCCUGCCGCAGCCUCUACUUCCAGGGAGUCUGCCACCAGGCCUGCCCGCUAGGCACCUACCAACACGAGUCGUGGCGCUGUGUCACAGCCGAGCACUGUGCCCGCCUACGCUCUGUGCCAGGCCAGGCCUCUGCCUUUGGCAUCUACCAGGGCAGCUGCCUGGAACAGUGCCCUCCAGGCUUCACCCGUAACAGCAGCAGCAUUUUCUGCCACAAAUGUGAGGGGCUAUGUCCCAAAGAGUGCAAGGUCGGGACGAAGACCAUCGACUCCAUUCAAACUGCGCAGGAUCUAGUGGGCUGCACCCACGUGGAGGGGAGCCUCAUCCUCAACCUUCGCCAGGGCUACAGCCUGGAGCCAGAGCUGCAGCGCAGCCUGGGGCUGGUGGAGACCAUCACAGGCUUCCUCAAAAUCAAGCACUCCUUCGCCCUCGUGUCCCUGGGCUUUCUCAAGAACCUCAAACUAAUCCGGGGAGAUGCCAUGGUGGAUGGGAACUACACACUGUACGUGCUGGACAACCAGAACCUCCAAGAGCUCGGGCCCUGGGUGGCUGCCGGGCUCUCCAUUCCCGUGGGCAAGAUCUACUUUGCCUUCAACCCGCGCCUCUGCUUGGAGCACAUCUACCGGCUGGAGGAGGUGACGGGCACCCGAGGCCGCCAAAGCAAGGCUGAGAUAAACCCGCGCACCAACGGAGACCGGGCUGCCUGCCAGACCCGCACCCUGCGCUUCGUGUCCACCCUGACCGGGGCCGACCGCAUCCUGCUGCGCUGGGAGCGCUUCGAGCCGCUGGAGGCCCGCGACCUGCUCAGCUUCAUCGUGUAUUACAAGGAGUCCCCAUUCCAGAAUGCCACGGAGCACGUGGGUCCAGAUGCCUGUGGAGCCCAGAGCUGGAACCUGUUGGAUGUGGAACUGCCCCUCAGUCGUACCCAGGAGCCAGGGGUGACCCUCGCUCCCCUCAAGCCCUGGACACAGUACGCAGUGUUUGUGCGCGCCAUCACGCUGACCACCUCUGAGGACAGCCCCCAUCAAGGGGCCCAGAGCCCCAUCGUCUACCUGCGCACCCUGCCUGCCGCACCCACGGUGCCCCAGGACGUCACCUCCACCUCCAACUCCUCCUCCCACCUUCUGGUGCGCUGGAAGCCACCAAACCAGCGCAAUGGAAACAUCACCUACUACCUGGUACUGUGGCAGCGGCUAGCGGAGGACAGCGACCUCUACCUCAACGACUACUGCCAGCGUGGUCUCAGGCUGCCCACCAGCAGCCACGACGCCAGCUUGGACAGUGAAGACGGGGUGCCCGAAGCCGAGCCGGGCUGCUGCCCGUGCCACCACUCACCUCCUGGGCAGGUCCCGCCCCCGCUGGAGGCGCAGGAGGCCACGUUCCAGAAGAAGUUUGAAAACUUCCUGCAGCACGCCGUCACCAUCCCCAAAUCCCCUUGGAAAAUGACGUCCAUCAACAAGAGCCGCCAAAGGGACUCGGGGCGACACCGCCGGGCCGCUGGGCCCCUCAGACCAGGGAGCAACACCUCGGAUUUUGAGAUCCGAGAAGACAAGGUUCCUCGGGAGCGAGCGGUGCUGAGCGGCUUGCGGCAUUUCACAGAAUACCGGAUCGACAUCCACGCCUGCAACCACGCGGCGCACACCGUGGGCUGCAGCGCCGCCACCUUUGUCUUUGCCCGCACCAUGCCACACAGAGAGGCCGAUGGCAUCCCAGGGACGGUGGCCUGGAAGGCGGCCGGCAGGAACAGUGUCGUCCUGCGCUGGCUGGAGCCGCUGGACCCCAACGGGCUCAUCCUCAAGUAUGAAAUCAAGUACCGCCGCGUGGGAGAGGAGCCCACAGUGCUGUGUGUGUCCCGUCUGCGGUAUGCCAAAGUUGGUGGGGUCCACCUGGCCAUGCUGCCCCCCGGAAACUACUCUGCUAGAGUUCGGGCCACCUCACUGGCUGGCAAUGGCUCCUGGACGGACAGCGUUGCCUUCCACAUCCCUGGGCCAGAGGAAGAGGAUGCUGGGGGGCUGCACGUCCUCCUCACGGUCACCCCCGUGGGGCUCAUGCUCCUUGUCAUGCUUGCUGCCCUGGGCUUCUUCUAUGGCAAGAAAAGAAGCGGCACCUUGUACACAUCUGUGAACCCAGAGUACUUCAGCGCCUCUGACAUGUACGUCCCUGAUGAGUGGGAGGUGCCUCGGGAGCAAAUCUCCAUCAUCCGGGAGCUGGGCCAGGGCUCUUUUGGGAUGGUCUACGAGGGGCUGGCGCGAGGACUGGACACUGAAGAGGGGUCCACGCCCGUGGCCCUGAAGACAGUGAACGAGCUGGCCAGCACGCGGGAACGCGUUGAGUUCCUCAGGGAGGCUUCUGUCAUGAAGGCUUUUAAGUGUCACCAUGUGGUUCGUCUCCUAGGCGUGGUGUCUCAGGGUCAGCCAGCUCUGGUCAUAAUGGAGUUAAUGACACGUGGGGACCUCAAAAGCCACCUCCGAUCGCUGAGGCCUGAGGCAGAGAACAACCCUGGGCUCCCACGGCCGGCGCUCCGCGACAUGAUUCAGAUGGCCGGUGAGAUUGCAGACGGCAUGGCCUACCUGGCUGCCAAGAAGUUUGUGCACCGGGACCUGGCCGCUCGCAACUGCAUGGUGUCGCAGGACUGCACCGUCAAAAUCGGUGACUUUGGGAUGACUCGGGACGUGUACGAGACGGACUACUACCGCAAGGGCGGGAAGGGCCUGCUGCCUGUGCGCUGGAUGGCCCCCGAGUCACUCAAGGAUGGGGUCUUCACCACCCACUCGGACGUCUGGUCCUUCGGCGUUGUGCUCUGGGAGAUCGUGACCUUGGCGGAGCAACCAUACCAGGGCCUGUCAAACGAGCAGGUGCUCAAAUUCGUCAUGGAAGGCGGGACCCUGGAGGAACUGGAGGACUGUCCCCCUCAGCUGCAGGAGCUGAUGAGCCGCUGCUGGCAGCAGAGCCCGCGCCUGCGCCCAAGCUUCACCCACAUCCUGGACGGCAUCCAGAACGAGCUGCGGCCCUCCUUCCGCCACUGUUCCUUCUACUACAGCCCCGCGUGCAGGCGGGACGGGGCCUCCCUGCUGUCCACGGACGCAGAGCCCGACAUGCCACCAACCUCAGAGGAGGCUCCAGACCACAGUCCCCAAAAUGGGGGCCCAGGGCACUAAGGGACCCCCACUCCCCAGCUGAAUGUCCACACCACCGUGGGCAGAGCACAAAACCCCAGCCUCUGUGCUCUGAGACGUCGACUUCUCAGUCCACUCAGGAAGGGCAGGGAGCUGACCCAACUGGGGCAGACAGCAAAGCCCUCAAAGGGGGCUUCCUAACACACUUACAGAGGGAGCCCACGGGAAGGCUACACCAGGAGGGGGGGGGACCCCAGACUGUGGGAGGCCGCACCCUGCCCUCAGAGUGCAAGUCCAAGGAGGCUGCUUCCAGGAAUCAAGGUUCAACAUUCCCACUACCCAGUUUGGGGCAUCCAUGGGCAUCUAGAACCAUCAACAGUUUGGAAGCAAUAGUGACCUGAGCCUCACAUGGAACCGUCUACAUGCACUUGUGAAUUCGUUAGCGCUGGCCCUUCUUUCCACGCAUCCAGCUCCUCCCUCAACCACACAAGUUCACCUCCUCCCUCUACCCCACACGUCACCUCCUCCCUCUACCCCACGCGUCACC